GCUGGCCAACUAAAGGUCAGAGUCAGACAACAGUUACGUUGGCUUUUCCCAAGAUCACACAGCGUCUGUCGUUAGUUCGGACUGAGGGACAGUAUCAGAAGAUCCUCGGACAUACUAGAAAAAUCUACUAUUGCCGUUACUGUUGUUAAAACAUGAUGAAUAGUUUUCACCUAAUCAUGAUGGGGGCCGCCAUCUUGUCCCAGCAUGCCCAAUCUGCCGACAUCCUGGUUGCCACGGUUACUUACGCGAGCCCAUGGUUGGACGUGGCGAAGAUUGCCGAAGUCCUGGCUUCCCGAGGACACGUCGUCACCGUGUUGGCCCAUGCUAGUCAAAAGAGCGACCUCAUGCGGAAAUGGCCUACCUUGCGAUACGAAACAUAUGGAGAUCCAGGAAAACCACCGUCGGUCAAGGAAUUUAUGAAGAGUGUGCCUCAAAAGUUGGCAUUUUCUUCAUCUGGAUUCUUAGGCCUCAUAAACUUUGCCCAGACUUUGAGUAAUGCUCUGCUUGAACUUACUGAAGAGACAUUGAGCGACACCCAGCUACUGAGAAAACUGAAGAACAGUCACUAUGACGUUGUCCUGACGUACGCUGGUCCCUCCUGUGGACCUCUCCUGGCGCAGUACCUGGACCUGCCGCUAGUCGGCACGUCAAGAUCAAUGCCUACGGGGCAAGACCUCCGAGCCACCGGAUGCCCCAAUCCUCUGGCUUACGUCCCAACAGUGUCGUCAGGACUGUCUGAUAGGAUGACAUUCCUGCAGAGAGUCAAGAACGUCUUGGUGUACUUCAUAUUUACUACCGCGCCAAUGUUCUUCGAAACACGUGUUGACGAGAUUGCAAAAAGGACUCUUGGUGAAAACUUCACCAACUCUGCUGCAAUUGCAAGAACUGACGUGUGGCUCUACCAAUCAGAUCUCAUGUUCGACUUCCCGAAACCCAUGAUGCCAAAUAUGGUCAGCAUAGCGGGUCACAUGGCUGAGGACGUCAAGCCUCUCAGUGAGGAUCUGGAGAAGUUUGUGCAGAGUUCUGGAGAUGACGGUGUUGUGUUGGUAACGUUCGGCUCCAUGGUGGCGACCAUGCCUGCAGAGAUAGCCGACAUGCUGGCCGCUGCUUUUGCCCGUUUGCCACAGAAGGUCGUGUGGCGCUACGCCGGAACACCUCCGCCAAGUCUGGGGACCAACACCAGGACCAUGGAGUGGGUGCCGCAAAACGAUCUACUAGCUCAUCCAAACACGAAGGCGUUUGUUUCACACUGUGGUUACAACGGAGUGGCAGAGGCCAUGUACCACGGGGUGCCGCUAGUCGGGAUGCCUCUGUUCGCCGAGCAGUUUGACAACAUUGCCCGGGUGAUGGCCCGCGGGAUGGCGGUGUCACUGGACAUCCACACCGUGACUUCAGAGGAGGUUUACCAGACCAUCACUACCGUUAUUUCCGACCCUAGGUACAAGGAGAAAGCCAACAAGGUCUCGUCACAUCUUCGUGACCAACCACAGUCGCCGAUGGAGCGGGCAGUCUGGUGGAUAGAACACGUCAUCAAACAUGGCGGCCUCCCGCAUCUCAGGUCGAGGGCAGCCGAACUUCCCUUCUACCAGUACUACCUGCUGGACGUCAUUGCUCUGAUUGUAGCAGUUCUAUCUGCCGUGCUGUUGUCUUGUUGGAAGUGUUGUUCUUUCGCUUGUAGCAUGUGCAAGCGGAGUAACACAAACAAAAAGCUGAAAAGUCAGUGACCGUUUUCUACAGUGCAGCUAAAACAGUACUGUACGUUUUUUAAGGUCAUUACGUUUUGAAUGACUUCCAUUCUGGCUAGGGAAGGAACUAGUUUGUUUCCUGAUGAUGUUAAAAAAUAGUAUUCAGUGAUUUAUAAGCGGUGACAGCCAUCCUCGUCGCUGUUUUCUAAAUUUACAGACUCCCAUGUAACCAUUUUUAACCAGUACUACCUGCUGGAUGUCAUUGCUCUGAUUGUGACAGUUCUCUCUGCCGUGUUGUUGUCUUGUUGGAAGUGCUGUUCGUUCGCUUGUGGCAUGUGCAAGCGGGAUAACACAAACAAAAUACUGAAAAGACAGUGACCGUUUUCUAUAGCUAAAACAGUGACCUAGAGCACGUUUCCAAGGUAAUUGCGUUUUGAGUGACUCAACUUCUUCCUCUUCGUUUCCUGACGAUGUUAAAAACGCAAAGAAAAAGUAUUUAGUCAUUAAUAAUCGGCAACAGCCGUCCUCGUCGCUUUAUUCUAAAGUUACAUACUCUUAUGUAACCAUUUUUAUUUUACCAGUACCUGUUGAAUGCUAUUGCUCUGAUUUUGGCAGUUCUAUCUGCCGUGUUGUUGUCUUGUUGGAAGUGUUGUUCGUUCGCUUGUAGCAUGUGCAAGCGGAGUAACACAAACAAAAAACUGAAAAGUCAGUGACCGUUCUCAAUAGCUAAAACAAUAACCUUCAGCACGUUUUUAAGGUCAUAAUGCGUUUUGAGUGACUUUUCUGCUGGCUAAGGAGUGAAUUAAUUUGUUCCCUGACGAUGUUCAAAACGCAAAGAAAAUAGUAUUUAGUGAUGCGUUUUGAGUGACUUUUUUGCUGGCUAAGGAAUAAAUUAGUUUGUGUGAAUAAGGUCACGUGUUUGCAAACCGUAACUCUCGCGAGAUCACGUUGUGAAGUGGUUGGUCAUUGAUUAUCCUGAUGAAGGCGACAGUGGUCGCUGAAAAUUUGAUCCCUGUAAAUUGUGUGUUGGAAUAAAGUUUAACGUUUUACUAUGAUUACUACCACAGAUGAACUUUCAUGAUAAUAAAUUAGUUUGUUUCCUGACGAUGUUCAAAACGCAAUGAAAAUAGUAUUCUUAGAUUAAUAAACUGUAACAGACAUAUCCGUCGCCUUGUUCUUUAUUAACAGACUCCCAUGUAACCAUCUUUAUUCUACCAUAACUACCGUUUGGGUGCCGUCAUUACUAUGACUGUUGCAGUUCUAUCUGCUGUGGUUUAAAAUACAUGUUGGACUAUACAUCUGUAGUGUAACUUUUUUAGAUGCCAAA